CCAACAAUGCUUUACGACCCUGAUACUGCCAACCAUCUCAAGCCAUGGCUUAUCCGAACACUUGAACCAAUAUGCGACGCAGAGCCUAGCGCGCUCGCGGACUACAUCCUUGCCCUGCUCAAGCAUCAGGCGCCCGAAUCCGAGCUACGGAAAGAGCUGAUAGCACAGCUGGAGGAGUUCUUGGAGAAAGAGUGCCCCCCAUUUGUUGACACACUCUUCACCGCGCUGCGGACCAAGUCUUACCUCCCCUACUCCGCAACUGCUUCAUCGUCUUCCACCGGCUUCGCCUCGUCGAGCGCGGCUGCGGGCGACAGCGGCAUCCCCAUACCCGUGGACGCACUCCUCUCAUUAAACUCCUCGUCACCUGAACGCAGCCGGAAACGCGGCAUUGACGACGACUACGAUCAGCAUGGGCCCUCGAAGGGCGCACGGCUGAGUCACGACGGGCAGUUUUCGCGAUAUGGUGGGCGUGGACGCGGUGACGACCGGUCAUCAUGGGGCGGGAGGGGCGACCGUGGGGCACGCAUGGAGCUGAAUGGUGGACGCGCUGACUACAUGGACGGCGGGAUGCAGGGAAUGCAGAUGAACGCGAACGGGCGUGGGGGCCAGGGUUACCGGCCACCCGAACAACGGCGUGGAAUAUGUCGGGACUAUCACAACAACGGCUACUGUGCGCGGGGCGUUUACUGCAAGUACAGCCAUGGCGACGACGCUGUCAUCCCCUCACAGUUAUUCCCUAUGGGCCCGGGUGGGAUGCCCUUCUUGCCAAUGAUGGGUCCGGGAGGCAUGCCGUUCCCUAUAAAUGCUGCUGCGGGUGGCGUGUAUGACCCCCACGAGCGGAUGGAUAUGAGGCCGAUGGGUGGCAUGGGUAUUGGGCGCGGCCAGAACGCACGACCAGCCGUAUUGCCGCGGACAGAGGAUAGAGAUAGCUCUAUGGGCCAGAAUCCCGGGGAGUUGCCAGUCAUCCAGGAUCUGACACCUCAGGUGCCGAUCGAGGACGUGUCGCCCCAUAACAGCGGUGAAGCCUUCCGACAGCAGCAACAGGCGCUCCCUAUGGACGGUGUCGUGCCCACAGGCGAGAUGAACGGCGGUGGACCUGCCCCCUAUCUCCCUGGUCCCAGUACUGACGGACACGCUCCACAACAACGGCCGUACAACGCAAAUGGGCGUGGUGGCGGCAGGGGGAGGGGUCGUGGCAUAUUUGGCGGCGAUGCACAGAGUUUCCGCCCCACGCAGAAGCGCGACGACAAAACGCUUGUUGUGGAGAAGAUCCCGGAGGACAGGUUGUCGCUCGGGGCUGUCAAUGACUGGUUUAGCAAGUUCGGCACAGUCACGAAUGUCGCUGUCGAUGCUGCGAGCGCGAAAGCUCUCGUCAGCUUCACCAACCACGAGGAUGCGCAUAAGGCAUGGAAGUCGGAGGAGGCCGUCUUCGGCAACCGGUUCGUCAAGGUCUUCUGGCACCGGCCCAUGGAGGGUCACGGACAGGUCGGCCAGCGUAUGCUUGCCGCGUCUGCGAACGUUGUCGCGCAGAGAGCAGUAGGGACAUCAGCCCCGACUUCCUCAGCUGCUGCACCUGAAGGCUCCCCUGCUCCUCAACCCCCUACUACCUCCGCUGCACCUGCCUCUCGCACCCCUUCUUCAUCGUCCUCGGCUGCAGCCGCACUUGCUGCGAAGCAGAAGCUGCUGGAGCAGCAGAUCGCGGAGCAGAAGUCGCUCAUGUCUCUGCUUACCACAGCGUCUCCUGAGGAGAAGAAACAUAUCAUGGCCCGCCUACGUAAAUUGGGCGAGGAAAUGAAGCCAUCUCCCACACCAGCAGCCGCCUCCUCUUCCCUGUCUCCUCCUGCCGCCCCCUCAUUUGUACCCCCAAAACGUGCCGUGAGCUCGACACCUCGCACCGAGGACCAAGAGCGGGCAGAGCGCGAACGGUUGGAUAAGGAGUUGGAGCUACAGCGCGCCGAGGGUGAUGGCGAGGAAGAGAGCACCGAGGAACUGAAAGCGAAGCUUGAGAAGCUUAAGGCUGAGGCUGCGAGCCUCGGCAUACCCGUCACCACGGAUACCUCGUCCUCGUAUGGCAGCUCGACAUACCGGCCGUACCGCGGUCGCGGCAGGGGCGGCCCACGAUCCUUCUACCGCGGCGCGACGCGAGGCGGGCCCCCGCGGGCGAGCAUGAGGCUUGACAACCGUCCAAAGAAGCUCCUCGUCAAAGGCGCGUCCGCGGAGUCCCUGCAGGCCGUGCGAGACUGGUACGAGACGACCGGACAGGUAGAGUCGGUCGAGACGACGGACGGCGGCGAUGUGCUUGUGUCCUUCCGGAGUCGUGCCGCGGCUGAACAGGGUUUCGCGAAAGGCUCACACAUUGCUUUGGUCGGGCCUGUGCAGGUCUCCUGGUUCACCGGGCAUGCCACGGGGACUCUCACUCAGGCACUUUCGGCGGCCACAGCGUCAUCUGGGACCGAUUCGCAGAAGAACGCCACCGUGACACACAGCCCAUCGGCGCCUGCGGACGAUACAGACUCGCACAUGCUUCAAGAGGAGGUCGAGCCGGAGGCGGGUGGAUGGGCCGCUGACGAGGACGGGUUCGGCAUGAUGUGAUGAUCGUGGACCGAGUCGUUCUCGAAGUGCACUGCGCGUUCCCAAAUGCUACUGCAAGUGCAAUAGCAAAUGUCCCGGUUCCUUCUUUCGUCUCUUCAUGCUCCUUUGUAACCCUACAUUACUGUGGCUCGGGUCGUAAUGACGAGACCAGCGGUGGCCUCAAAAUUAGUCCAUGCCACCGAUCGC